CCGCCGUCCGUCAGUAAUCCCGCUCCCAUCAAUGAGUAUAGAUUUAUCUCUAAUACUUCAACUUUUAGUCCGGUGGAAAAUCCAGAUUUGCGCCUCGACGAGCCCCCCUUCCCCCUGGGCGAGGAACGUAAGGCAAAGCUCCCUUUCUUCACUCUCCCUCCCUCCGUCCCUCCUCCCUCCCUUGGGUGUCGUUGCGUCGAUCCCAUCUCGGCGGAUUGGAUGAAGUGUAGCCUGUCUGUCGUGUUGCUCUCAUGAUGGCUCCUGCGCCCGCGUCGCAUGGUCUUUUUGUUGUUGUUGUUGCCGCUUUUCAAACGGUGAACGUGUUUAAAUCGCAACGCGCGUGUAAAUCGUAGCUGCUUUCGCUCGUGUCAGAUCCUCCGCGGGCAAAACCAGGAUGGAGAGAUGCUGCCUGACCUGCUGAGCUCCUCCAGAAUCCUGUGUGUGUUGCUCUGGAUUCCAAGCAUCUGCAAAAUCUUGCAUCCUUUCCAGCUUGACAACGUCUCUCCUGUAAUAAGAGUGUAAGAUUGUCUGCCUAUAACAUGGUGUCCUGACGUGUUCUGAGCAACGUAUUGUGGAGGUACAGUGCUAUAACAAUUGCUUGCUGAGAUGGUAUUUUCCCAGACAUUUCCCAGACUGUUGUUGGAAAAAGACUUGAGAAUGUCUAAGUUAAAAAAGCGCAGCGUGUCGAGGUUGCUACAACCGGAAUAUUUCUGAGAGUUCUGAAAGCCAUGGAUAGAUGUAAGCAUGUGGGGCGGCUGAGACUGGCCCAGAAUCACUCCAUACUGAACCCCCAGAAGUGGCAUUGUGUGGACUGCAACACCACCGAAUCUGUUUGGGCGUGUCUUAAAUGCUCCAAUGUGGCGUGUGGCCGCUACAUCGAAGAGCAUGCACUCAAACACUUUAAGGAAACUCGGCAUCCUCUGGCAAUGGAGGUCAAUGAACUCUAUGUCUUUUGUUAUCUCUGUGAUGACUACGUGUUGAAUGACAAUGCCACGGGGGACUUAAAACUGUUGAGAAGCACGUUGAGUGCAAUAAAGAACCAAAAGUACAGUCCGACGGCACGCACUGGCAGGGCACUGCGAUCGUUGGCUUGUGGGGAAUCUCCUUGUACUUUGCAGAAGGGCAGGAAGGGGCAGACUCACAGUACGGAGCAGAUGUUCACUGCCCUCUGGCACAGGAGGCAGUCUUUACUAACGAAGGCGAUGCGCACUUGGUUCGAGCAGACCACCAGCGGGAAGCGUCGGCUCGAGGAGAAGCGGCUGCAGGAGGAAAUGGAGAGGCGGAAGGAGGAAGCGAGGAAGCGCAGGCAGGAGCUGAAACGCAAGUUCAUGGAAGAGCUCGCCAACACUCCUCCGAGGAAGAGCGCGCGGAUCCUAUUUCAGAUUCAGAAGGAGGAACAUAUCACAAGAAAAUGCAAAAAACCAACUGUAAGAAAGGUGCUACUAACUGCCCCUACCUCAAAACGACAAAGGAACAAAAUGAAGCGCUAUUAUGCUGCCAGGCGUAAGCCCGUGGUAACACCCGGUGUUACGGGUCUGAGGAACCUGGGUAACACCUGCUACAUGAACUCCAUCCUGCAAGUGCUGAGCCAUUUGCAGAAGUUCAGAGAAUGUUUCUUAACCCUUGAUCUCUGUGAGACUGAAGAAUUACUGGCCAGGACCACGAACGGGAAAACGAGGUUGUCUAACAAGGUCACUCUGGGGAUUGGUCCUGCUCAUUGCAUAGCGGAAAGAAAGCAUCAUGUGGGAACUUCAGGGAGAUACAGUAUGCCAUCUGGUUUGAACGGAGGUGCCUCCGUGGCCAGGAGCCUGGAACUGAUUCAGCCCAAGGAGCCUAGCUCGAAGCACAUCUCUCUUUGCCAUGAACUUCACACCCUCUUCCGAGUGAUGUGGUCUGGGAAAUGGGCUUUGGUGUCCCCGUUUGCUAUGUUACACUCUGUAUGGAGCCUGAUCCCAGCGUUCAGGGGCUACGGUCAGCAAGACGCUCAGGAAUUUCUCUGUGAGUUAUUGGACAAGGUGCAGCAGGAGCUGGAAUCGGAAGGCACCAAGCACAGGAUCCUCAUUCCGUUCUCGCAGAGGAAGCUCACCAAGCAGGUUCUCAAGGUGGUGAACACCAUCUUCCACGGGCAGCUGCUCAGUCAGGUCACAUGCCUGACAUGCAACUACAAAUCCAACACAAUUGAACCAUUUUGGGAUCUUUCACUGGAAUUUCCAGAGCGAUAUCAUUGUCUUCAGAAGGGUGCGAACCAGCAUAAAGAAUGCACCCUGACAGAAAUGCUGGCAAAGUUUACAGAAACCGAGGCGCUGGAGGGGAGGAUUUACGCCUGCGACCAGUGUAACAGCAAACGGCGAAAAUCCUCACCAAAGCCUCUUGUCCUGACAGAAGCUCAAAAACAGCUAAUGAUAUAUAGACUACCUCAGGUCCUCCGUUUGCACCUUAAACGAUUCAGCUACUGUGUUUUUAGGUGGUCUGGGCGCAACCAUCGUGAAAAGAUAGGGGUGCACGUCAGCUUCGACCAGGUGUUAAACAUGGAGCCUUACUGCUGUGGGGAUUCUUCCUCCGCUCUCGGCAAGGAAAGCUUCAUCUAUGACCUCUCGGCUGUGGUGAUGCAUCAUGGGAAAGGAUUUGGCUCAGGACAUUACACUGCAUACUGCUACAACACCGAGGGAGAAUUUUGGGUCCACUGUAAUGACUCCAAGCUAAAUGUGUGCAGUGUGGAGGAAGUUUGCAAGACCCAAGCCUAUAUUCUCUUUUACACUCAAAGAACCAUGCAGAGCAAUGUGGAGUUUGUCACAGAAAUGCAUUCUGAACCUCAGGUGCCAACUCGGAAUUCAGAAAAGAACAGGAGACUGACCUUCCCCUAGAACAGGGAAUAUAAACCGUGAAUGGAACCCUCUGAAGCCACCCAGCAUCGUCCGGCGGCAUUCACGUUGGGGCUGAUUAAACGCUGUUGUUUUCUCAUGUGGGCUACACAAAAUGCCCUGGGGCUCGUUUACCGAAGCAUAUAUAGCUUUCCUAUGCAUACAAUGGUAGGAUUUAAUUCUGUACUUGUCAAUUAAAAACGUGGUCUUUUCAAAGUGUCCACCUGCCCCAAGCCGGGGAUAUGGCCGUCUGCUGUAUCAACAGUCUUGCAGUCAGGUCUCUCUGGAUAUUAUUUCCGUCGUUGUUGAUUUCGUCUCGUAAUUUGUGUUACUAGUUGGUCCUUCAAUGCCACCAUUUCGCACUCUCAUCUUCAUCCUCCAUCUCCCAGAAGGUGCCUUUGUUUUCCACUUGGUCCAUUCAGUGAUGCAGGUACACAGGUUUCAGCAUAUCCCCAAUGUAAAAGAUGUUCCCCGUGGUGCUAUACCAGGCCGAUCAUUAACUGUGUUCACGCAAUGACCCAGGGGCUGUCCAGCCUCUCACACUGAAUGUUCACUACUUAGCACAGCCUCCAGCAGACCCACUACGACCGGCUGCCAAAGUCACAGAGCAGCAGGGAAGCCUUGUCGUAUUUGCUCCCGGCUGCGUGACUUCACACUUCCACCAGAAGGACUUGCGUUGUGAUGAGUAGCUGUCACAACACCGGUCCGCUUGCCAGCGAUACCAGCAGCCCGUGAGAAAGUCACCUUCUAUGGUAAGAGUGAAACCCCGGCCAGAUUCAAAACACUUGAGUGUUGGGAGCAAACAUGGGUGAAGUGAUUUCACACUGUUCUGCGCAAGUGGUUCCGUAAUGAGGCUGCUGGAUUUUAUACAAGAAUAGGAAUUGUUAGUAUUAUGGACAAAAGAACUCUGCCGCUAAGGCAGUGUAUGUGUAGCUGAUCAUGCAGCUCUGUAAAUGUAUAUUAAGACUUUUUGAAAUAAAUGUGGGAGAUUAAAUCAUUUUUAUUCAAUGUGAUCUUGUGUGUGAGUAUUGUAGAUUACUGGUUUUUGCUUCUGAAAAUUGUGAGACCUCUGUGUUCACUAUAUUUUGGUUCACUGUAAGGAUUUUGUAAAUUGCAGGGGACAUUGUUCAGAACAAAAUAGAAAAUGCAACAUUCGACUGCCCAGUCACCUGUAAAGUAAAACGUUUGAAUGUCCACUGAGCUUUCAGAGAAGUGUACCUCAAAGGCUGGUUGUUCCAGGAGGGUUGAACAUAGACGGCUAGAGUUCCUGUAUUACACACACAAAAUGCUGGAGGAACUCAGCAGGUCAGGCAGCAUCUGUGGAGGGAAUAAUCUGUCGAGGUUUUGGGCAGAGAGAGUCUUGAUGAAGGGUCUCGUCCCCCAAUUUUUUUUUUUUGCUGCCCAUUAUGCUGCUGGCACUUAAGGUAGCAAUGAUGGUCCUCUUUCAUUGUGUCAGUAACUUCCUCUCUGUUUUCACUACGGUUAGUCUUGCAAGUCCCAGUUGGAGACUCAGGAAUAUCGUCGCUCUCAGAUGCAGUAGGUUUCUUGGAUUCUUUUAUUGCUGUUUCCUUAACAGUUUUGUUUGACCAGUCAGGGUUGUUGGCCCUGAGCUGAACCCCUGAAUCAGGAGGACCAGUGGACCACUCUUAGUCUGUCCUCUACCCUCUGACCUGUUUGGCCUGGGUGACCCUACCAAGAGUCAAAGCAUAAAGCCCCCACUCUGGUCAACAUAGCUCUCUGGGUCAUUGAGGCACGCAAGUCUCCAAACCACAACAUGGUUGUGGUCCUCUUGGAGAUUGUCCCAAAUAUCUUGUUUAUUUCCCCUCCAUAGAUGCUGCCUGACCUACUGAGUUCCUCCAGUAUUUUGUGUGAGUUGCUCUUUGUUAAUGGGUCAGUUAACUGGUGCGAUGGUGGUAGUAUCCCAGGAUUGGAUGGGUGCCAGACUCUGUGGCUCUUGCAUGAAGUUGAGUGCGUGCUAUCAGUCAGAUCCAGGUGAUGUGGGAUGCACAGGAGAUACGCUUGUUCAAUGGGAGUGCAGUGUCAGAGAAGGGAAAUAAGCGUGUGUUAGUCACUGUGUCAGCAGGUCAGAACCAAGAGCUACUCUUGGGUUUUGGUACUGGGUUAGUGAAGGAUUAACGAAAUACCUUUUGUUUUUUGACUUUUUGUACUGUACAGCAGCAAAUUUAGGUAUAGUUUCAUCAGGGUUUACAAAUUUACUGAACUUGUUGUUUGUUUUUGCAUGUGAGUGGUUUCAAGAUAUUAAAAAUCUAUCUCUCUGUCUUUAUUCUGUCCUGAAAGUACUCACUCAGACCAGACACUAUGCCGAGUCUGUGAAAUAGAUCUCACUCAGCGUCCUUUUCUUAUCCUCCAUCCGACAGCUUGCAGUGCAAUCGUUAGACAGCACACUGAAUGGCCACUUUAUUAGGUACAGGAGUGGAAACCAGGGUGACCUUCUAUAGCUGAAGCCCAUUCACUUCAAGGUUCGAUGUGUUGUACAUUCAGAGAUGCUUUUCUGCCCACUACUGCUGUAACGUGUGCUUAUUUGAGUUACUGUUGCCUUCCUGUCAGCUUGAACUGGUCUGGCCGUUCUCUGCUGACCUUUUCCAUUACAAGGCAUUUUCACCCACAGAACUGCUACUCACUGGAUGUUUUUAGUUCAUCGCACCAUACUUUGUGAACUCUGGAGUAGGGGUUCCCAACCUUUUAUAUCUCAGGGACCCCUACCAUUAACCAAGGGGUCCAUGGACCCCAGGUUAGGAACCCCUGCACUAGAGACUGUUGUGCAUGAAUAUCCCAGGAGAUCAGCAGUUUCUGAGAUACUCAGACCACCCCAUCUGGCACCAAUAGUCAAACUCAAAGUCAGAACAAUCACAAAGUCACUUUGAUCACAUUUCUUCCCCAUUCCGAAUUUUGAUCUGAACAACAACUGAACCUUUUGACCAUGUCUGCAUGCUUUUAUGCAUAGAAUUGUACCAUGUGACUGGCUGAUUAGAUAUUUGCAUUAACAGAUAUCUAACAAAUACCUAAUAAAGUGGCCAAUGAGUGUAGAGAAGACAGUUCAGUGUUUGUGGAGACUAGACGUUUAAUUUCACUUUCCAAUUUAACUUCCCCCGUGUUCAUUAUUGCAUUGCAGAGCAUCUUAAUCAUCCCUUCCCCCUCACACUUUCCACCAUAAAACUCCUUGAGCUCUAUUUAUCCACUUUCACUUCAUGCAGUCGGUUUGAACAGGUUUAAUGCCUUUUGCUCUGCUGCUUGUAAGGUGAUACAGACUGCGCAGGCUGCUUGUUAUAUGACUGACUACUUCAGCAGGAAAAGCACUGUAUUCUUUAUUCACCUUCUGUAUGAGUCCCUUCUCUGCCCUGCUAGCACUCUUGCAGAACCCUCGACGAGCAAUGCUGCCAACGUAGAGCAUAGAACAGUCCAGGCCCUUUGGACUUCUUGUUGUGCCGACCGUCUAUCCUUCUCCAGGAUCAAUCUAACCCUUCCCUGCCACGGUGCCCUUCAUUUCUCUGUCAUCGAUGUGCUCAUCUCAGAUAAUGUGUCUGUCUCUAUCACCACCCUGGCAGUGUAUUCCACGCACCCCCCUCCCCCACCGCACUUUCCUCCCAAUAACUUAAAGUUUUGCCCACUUGUAUCAGCCAUUUCCGCCCUUGGAAAAAGUCUUGGGCUGUCCAGACGUUCAGACUGAACAUCAGAAUGGGGAAGAGAUGUGAUUAAGUGACUUUGGCCAGACAGGGUAGUUUGAAAAUGCCGAUCAUAUUAUAUACUUCAAUCAAGUCACCUCUCAUCCUCCUCCUUUUCAAAGAGCAAAGCCCAAGCUUGUUCAAUGUGUCCUCAUAGGACAUACUCUUUAAUCUAGUUAGCAUCCUAGUAAAUCUCCUCUGCACUUUCUGUAAAGCCUCCAAGCCCUUCCUGUAAUGAAGCACCCGGGAAUGAACACAAUACUCCAAAUGUGGUCUGACUGGGAUCUUAUAAAGCUGCAACAUUACCUUGAGGCUCUUGAAGUCAAUUCCCCUGACUAAUGAAGAACAAUGCACCAUAAGCCACCUUAACUGCUCUCAACUUGCACAGCAACUUUGAGGGAUCUGUGGUCAUGAACCCGAAGAUGCCACUGUUUCCCCAAUCCUGCCAUUAACCCUGUAAGCUGCCUUCACUUUGGCCCUUUCAAAGUGAAUCACUCACACUUUUCUGGAUUGAACUCCAUCUGCCACUUCUCAGCCCAGCUCAGCAUCUUGUUAAUGCCCCAUUGUAACCCAUGCCAACCUUCACACUCCACAACACCGCCAUCCUUCAUAUCACCUGCAAACUUGCUAACCCGCCCUUCCACUUCAUUUAUAAAAAUCCCACGAAGAGCAGGGGGCGGCAGAGCAGAUCCCCAGGUGCCAACUUUUUGCAUUCUAUUGGUACUGUCAAAAAGGCACAGUUUGAACCAUAUCUCAGCAAUAAACUGGAUCAACAAUGCUAUCUGUGACAUGAACCCAGUGAAUGUUUUAACUGUGAUGCAGAAGUGCUGGCGUUGGAUCCAGAGAUGUUAGUGUUUUUUCCUAAUAUGUGUCGAAGUCCGCUCAUUUGUGAGUCUGUGCUGAAAGCGAAUCUGUACACAGAGAAGGGCUGGUCCCUGUGUCUGGGACCCACAUGUUAGUUGUAACUUUGUCCCCUGCCUCUAUAAUCCACUUAGAUGCACAAGAGCUAUAUGGGUUUCUGUAAACGAGUCCUGAUCACACCUAACAGGUACGGCUGUUGCUUGUUUUGAAGGUUUUUAUCUCCUUUUACCCUUUCAGAUUGUGCGACUAGUUUUGUGUUGGGUCCAAUUUCCUUUGCAGUCCUGAGACAAGGUUGUAAUCAGCGGCUUAUUCACAAGCACUGGAACUGUACGUGUUCUCUUUUCUUUUUCCAGCCCGACACUGGUUUUAGGUGGAGCUUCAGACUAAUAAACUUUGUCUCAACACAUCUGUAAUACAAAGCCGGUGCUAAAGAUUCAGUUAAUCGAAAGCUCGCCAUUGUCUUAAGUCCACACAAGUAUGUAAAGCUAACAUUUUAUUUUGCACCCUCAAAAUGCUCCUCAGUUAAAAUCCAGUUUAGUAGUGAGCAGGGAGGGAAUGUGACGUCAGGGGCACAAGCGAUUGCAGUUGCUGGAAUCUGGAGCAACUCAGCAGGUUGUUCACCAUCUGGUGGGGUAUUGGCAGAAGAAAUUGUUGACCAUUUAUGACGAGGCCCUGAAUCAGGAUCAAAUCCUGACCAGAAACGUCAACAAUUCUCUUCCCCUGUUGCCCCCACCACCACCCCAGGGAUGGGAUUUUGGUGCUUUUCCUCCAGCUAAUCGCAGGAGGAUUUAUUAAAAUGGUUCUAAAUUUCUCCCACUCACUAAGUGUAUUCUUUUAAAUGUCCAUUUUGGAGUUGUCCUCCACUACAGACCUCGCCGCAACCACCCUGCUCAUGAAAUCUCGCACUAGUGCAGCUCCCAAAUAAGUAUUUUCCCCUUGAGUCUUCCUCUGUUGUUCAUUUUGUCUGUGGUUUCUACUGCAGUCGAUAGUUGCUGUGAAUGUCCCAAAUGUCUGGGUGUUAAAAUUACAGAGGGGAACUUGCCAGUUAACUCCACGAUCAAAACUGAAAUCACCUUCCUUUUAAAGCAUGAUUAAAAACUAAACUACUGGAGGAAGUCAGCUGGUUAGGCAGGGGCUGCGCUGGAAAAUAUGCAGUCGGCCAUUUCAGGUCGAGACCAUUGAUCUCCUUCAAGAUGCAGAUGUGCUGAAUUCUUCCAGCAGUCUCUGUGUUGCUCCAGAUCCCAGUAUCCACCAUCUGGUGCAUCUUCGUUGCAGUACAAAGUUUGAAUUCUCCAUCCAUCACAGCCUUUUGGAGCAAUGUUCUGCCAACGUCUGCUUGUGAAUUAACAGCUUCCUGAUUUCACCCCCUAAUGAAAACUCUUAUUUUAAAAUUAAUUUGCGCCACAUAAAAUCCAUGUAACUGCCUUUCCUAGCGUCUAGUCUCCGGCCCUCAAAUUUACGUGAUUUCUUUCAAGUGCCCAACAGCUGUAAUCCUCUAAUUCUGGCCUCCUGCUCUUUCGCUGUACACAGCUGCAACUCCGUCUGUCUCAAGGCCUAAGCUCUGGAAUUAAUUCUUUAAACCUCUCCAUCUCUGUUUUAGUUGUCUGAAAUCUUGUGUUGACCAAGCCUUGGGUAAGCUCGUUAGUCUUAAAUGUUGGCUGAUAAUAUCACUGUGAAGUGGUUGGGGGAGAUUUACCUUAUUAAUGUUAUCCUAACAAUCCUUGCCAUAGGAAAGAACUCUGUACUCAGAGAAUCCUUUAAACGACUUGAGCACUGUUUUUAUCUUCACAUUUUGCAUAAAUCAGGAUUAUUGAAAAGAUUGUUGUCUGUUUUUAAUUAACUUGCUAACUGAAAUUGAGAUUACAAUUUCCCCUCUAUUUAUGCCAUUAUAAAUGUGUUUGAAUUCUAAUUAUUGAACAAUUUUGAUUCUGAAUGAUCAGAAAGGGACUAGUUUUGCACAUCUUCUAAGAUUCAUCUUUCAGAACUAAGCAACUUAGGGACAAGUAUUGGUUAUAUGUGUACUGGUGGGAGUCCAUUGUGGCAGAGAUGGACUGAUUAAUUUCAUUUUGUGUGUUGUCUACAUGUCAAAGCAAUGGAAAGGGCUGUAGUUCUUUUUACCUUUUUAUAGAUGAUUUGGCUCAUCUUUUUGGGAAAGUAUUGAGGCCUGUAAUUUUUUUUUAAAGUCAAGCUUUAAAAACAAGAAUAUCCAAAAUAGGGAUUGUAAUUUUAAUGUUCUGCCACAUGAUGCCAGCAGUGAGCAUUCUGAAGUUGUGUCUGAUCUAUGAAGCAAUAGUUAUAUUGAACUACAAUAUUAAAAAAGAUUCUUGAUGUGAGGGGAGGGGUGGUGAAGAUCGUCUUUAAGAACUUUUCCCUUAUCUUUAUUUAAAAUAUUUCCCCCCUCUUGUUUUCAUGACGUGCUCCUACCUCUAACAGAACACACAGCCCAUGUGUUCCCCGGUGACAGAUUAUAAUUCCCCGUUUGAGGAAUUGUCUUGUAAGGAAUGUAGAACUCUCCCAUUUGUCCACCUGAAUACAGUUCUCAAUAGCUGCUUCAGCAUUAAACCCAUCUGUCAGCUGCAUUGGAAAAUUGCAUUCGCUACCUUUUUGUCUAUGUUAAAUAGAAAUUUACCAAUUAUGUGCUCCUCUUCUGAACCCCCAUUUGCUGCAUUAAUAUAAGGGGUUAAUAGCUUUUGGUUAAUCUGUGACAUGUGCUGUAACCUGUUAGACGUUUCAACCUACUGCCUAAGCUAGACAUCUCACCCCAACAGCGACAUCUCCUUGUAAUAAUUACAUAUUCUGUUUCACAGUGUUCGCUUUAAAUCCUUCUGUUCGUUUUGGUAAGUCUUGUUGCAUACCGGACUAGUUUUCCUAGACUCUCAUCCAUGUUAGUUUUAUUUUUAGGUUAGAUUAUAGCCUACUUGUAGAUGGCUUGAUAUUUUUUGAAAAUAUAUUAAUUUAAAUGUUUCCAUUGUCGUGAACACUACAAUAACUGGUACAAAGAGAAUUGUAUCUAAGACUUUGACAGGUAUAUUGUAUGUUGUAUUUUUUGUUUGUGAGGACUGUCUUCAUUCCCUUCAUGCACUUGCACUCUAUACUGCGGCAGCUGAGACGAGCUGGAGGAGACACAGUCUUUAUAGUGAAUACCCACUGUCACCUUACAACUUGAUGUCAAGGACUGUCACCUUCUGCAUUCAAACAACACAAGACUGUGAUGGUGCUGACUGCUCUUUGCAUCUGUGAAUACAAACUGUUCUUAACCAGCAGAUUUUAAAAAGAACACAUAUAUACUAGUGUACAUUUUUGUGAACUUCAUAAUGUAAUAUAUACAUGAAGAUUGUUUUUUUUAAAAAAUUGUCUGGUUUCUUUUAUGUCAUUGUUUUUAUAAAAACAAGGUUUUACUCAGGCCUUUUGUUACCAGGUCCGCAAGGAGGUGUGGUCCAAGUUCCCUCCUAUUGUUUACUGCCCUGCAUUUGGAAAGCCCCAGAUACACAGGCAGGGGGGGUGGAGUGGGGAGGGGAGGGCUUCAAUACCGUCCUGAGGAUACCUCUUUUGUCAUUGAAUGGAAAUUAUAACAAGGCCAACUGGUUAGAUUUCUGUUUGUCCUAGGCAGCCAAGUAAAGGAUUGGUUUUUUUGCAUCUGUUAUCCUCACAACUGCAAUGGGAGGUGCCCAGAAAUCAGAUGCAUGCAGUGAGUCUGGGAAGGGGUAAAAGCACCAGCUUGUACCCAGUCCAGUUGGCACACAGAAUAAAUCCGGUAGCUUGUCAAGAUUUGACCGUUUGAACUGAUUGACAGCUGCAAAAGACGAGGUAAAUAGAAACCAGCUUCACCAUUGUGGACAAGUUACCUGUCAUUAUUUUCAAUAUAAACCUUCUCAGCUAAUUCCAGACAUGAUCAGGCAUACUGGUUUCCCCGGAUGAGAUUCGCCACUGUGUUAAUUUCACAAUUCAAAAGUUUUUAAUUUUUUUUAACUAGGAGUUGAGUAAGUCCAAUGUUGUUAAUGUGGCUGAUGUUGUACAGCCGUGUAAUAAGUUACGUGAAUAGGAGUGCGUUUUUAAAUGCUACUCGGCGAUAUUAACCAGCAGGAAGUUAUUAAGUUCAACUCUGAGUUUCAGAACAAUCACUGUGUGAGAAUAGUUAGGCUGACAGCACAAAAUAUUUUAGGAAGAACAUUCCAAA